UGGUGCGGUCAGAAGGCUGGCCACAACACUAGAGAAAAAGUCGUACUUACCGAUGGCUGUCAUCGCUUUUUCUGACAGAUGUUUUUACGUGCCCUAUUACGCGAGUUUUGCCCUAUCGGAACAGAUUCCAGUGAUAAUCCAUCCUUCGUACCUUCUGUGAACGGAAUCACGUCGCGAUAAACCGAGCCACGACGCGUACCGUGACCGUUUCAGUUUUAAAGGGGUGCGUCAUCGGAAUUCCAAGGAUCACGAUCGCACGAAAAGAUCAUCGACGGGACCGCGAGCGUGAUAGAAGAAAGAAUAAAAGAACCGUGGACGGGAACACGUGAAAUCGAGAGGGACUGAAAACAAAGGGUAUGGCGAAGACAUACGAUUAUUUGUUCAAGUUGUUGCUGAUUGGUGACUCAGGGGUCGGCAAGACGUGCGUCCUCUUCAGGUUCUCUGAAGAUGCUUUCAAUACGACUUUCAUCUCAACCAUUGGAAUUGAUUUUAAAAUAAGAACAAUAGAAUUAGACGGCAAGAAAAUAAAAUUACAAAUAUGGGAUACAGCGGGCCAAGAAAGGUUUCGUACAAUAACUACUGCAUAUUAUCGUGGUGCAAUGGGGAUAAUGUUAGUUUACGAUGUGACCAACGAGAAGAGUUUUGAGAACAUAAAAAACUGGAUUAGAAACAUUGAAGAAAAUGCCUCGGCUGACGUCGAGAAGAUGUUAUUGGGCAAUAAGUGUGAACUCACAGAAAAACGGCAAGUCUCAAAGGAACGGGGAGAACAACUAGCUGUCGAGUAUGGUAUUAAAUUCAUGGAAACCUCCGCUAAGUCCAGCAUUAACGUCGAAGAGGCAUUUUACACCCUUGCACGAGACAUUAAAGCCAAAAUGGAAAAGAAACUGGAGGCGUCAAAUCCACCGAAGGGGGGAGGACAUCAGUUGAAAGCAUCCGAGCCACAGAGGAAGCCACCAAGUUGGCUCGCACGAUGCUCUACGCUCUGACCCUUUGGCGAACUUAACCUUGACCGUCACCCUCUACUCUUCACCUUCGGUCUCCUUCGCUCGCUUCACGACGCGAGUACUUCUGUGAUUUUACUCCUUGAUGGCCACCUUCGUUUUCCUCCGUCGCUGCCGGUCUCUCUUUUUUACUGAAUUACUCUUAGGGGCUAUUUUUAUCCCGGAGGAGAAACUCAAAUUUCCUCUCACGCGAAAAAGGAAGAAAACAUAUUUAAGGAUUCCCAAAAAGGAAACGAUCGCGGAUUGUGAUAAUUUUUGAUAAUUUUCUAACAGCGUCGAAGCGAUUUCAAAACAGAUAACCCGAAGACAGUAACACCGUACACAUACCUUCCCCUUUGCCUAAUUUUUUGCAAGACGCUGUCGUGACUAUGUAGCAUUGUAGAUUUUAUACGUUUAUGGGACAUAUUUCGAUACGUUAAAUCCAAUAAGUCAAAAACAUCUGUAGUGUUCAAUGGUUCUUUAUUAAAUGUUUACCAUAAACAGUCUAUUAAGGGGGAUGAAAAUACAUUUUUGUGUAAUUCGUGUUUUUAGACAUUGAUUUAUGAAAGUUGAGAAUUUGUAUAACAUCCACAGUUCAGUCAUAAUUAAAUAUCUUGAGUGCAGUUUGCUAUGCAAUUUAAGAAUGCUAUAUGGUUAAGUGAUCGAGUCAUAUAAAUCUGCAGUCA